UUGUAGGGUGUGAAUAAGAUUACUCUAUUAUCUGUGCAAUUAGAAUCAUAUGAUACCAUGUAAUAGUGUUGUUGUGGACGAUAAAUUUGUUAUUUUGACGAGUGAGUUUUUUUGAAUAUUCGACUAAACGUUUUUUUUGUUUUGCAAUUUUGCACCACCGCGUUGUUUUAUAUUGCUGUGUGCGGAGCAGGUUGAGAAAUUCUGUGUUACUGAAGAAACGUGCGGGCAGUUCGCGAGCUGCAGAACGCGCCCCACUCCCGCACUCCGGCUGACGUCACCGGUAUCGGAUACAGUUGAUGCGAGAUUCUGUCAUGGUGCAGCAGGCGCAGCAGCCGCAGCAGGCGCAGCAGGAGCGGGCGCGCGGCUGCCUGGUGCGCUGCAGCUGGGGCGAGCGCGGCGAGGAGGCGCGCAGCUCGGGGCUGGCCCUGGGCCGCGGCUGGGCGCUGGCCCCGGCCACCGUGCUGGGCGCGCUGCGGCCGCAGACCCGCCAGCUGCUGGCCUCCCUGCCGGCCCGCCGCCCGGGCCCGCUGUCGGCCACCCGCUUCCACGUGGACGGGCGGCCCGCCGCAGCGCGCUACGCCUGGCGCUGCCCGCUGCUGGCGCGCGCCGCCACACUGCUGCAGGGCUGGGCGCUGCGGCCCGACCGCCCCGGCUACUCUGACAACACCGACCCCGAGGAGGAGGCGGCGCGGCUGCUGCUGCCCGUGUUCCUGCUGCUGGAGCUGGAGGAGGGGGAGGAGAAGGGGGAGAAGGUGGAGGACGUGCUGCGGCGCGUGGCCGCGACCCUGGGCGGGGCGCCGGCCCGGGGCGCGCCCCUGCUCGUGGAGGCCACGCCCUUCUGCAGCCCGCUGUUCCUCAACUCGCUGAGCCGCGGCGUGGUCAGCAACGUGCUGGGCCCGCAAGGCUGCCUGCUGCUCACCGACGCGCGCACCGCGCACGGCUGCGAGGGCGGCGCCAUCUUCAGCGCCGCGGAGGGCGACAGGAGGCUGGUGGGCGUGGUGGCCUGCUCGCUGGCGUGGUGGCGUGGCGAGUGGGUGGGCUUCACCCUCGGGGUGCUGCUGGCGCCCGUGCUCGACCAGGCGCUGAGGGGCCGAACCCCCGGGCCCGUCCCGGGCCGCGUCACCGCCCCGCUGGGAUUGGACGAUGCCGUGGUGUUGGUCCGGUGUGGCUCCGGCUGGGGCUCUGGUGUCGUGGUGGACAAAAGCAAAGGCACCAUCGUCACCUGCUCCCACGUCAUCAGUCAGGUGGACAAGAGCCCGGUGAGCGUGCAGUGGAAGGCUCGCCGGCUGACGGCGCGGCUCCUGCACCGCACCAGGGACGGCGCUGCCUAUGACGUGGCUGUGCUGUCGGUGGGGCGGGUGGCGGGCCUGCAGCAGCUGCAGCUGGCCGAGGGAGCACCCGUCGUAGGGGAAGAAGUGCUGGCAGCGGGGUUCCCCAUCUUCUCGGAGGAUGGGGUGCUGCCGACGGUGACGCAGGGAGUGGUGGCCCGCGUGCAAGGGCCCGGCCCCUCGUUCCUGCAGACCACGUGCUGCGUGCAGUCGGGGGCGAGCGGCGGCGCCGUGCUGGCGCGGUCCGACCGGCUGCUGGCCGUGGUGGUGUGCAACAUCAAGGACCACGGCACGGGCGCCGUCUACCCGCACGUGAACCUGGCCGUCCCCUCCACCGUGCUCGCUGCACCCCUGGCCCAGUUCGCCGCCACGGGAGAUGUUGAAUGCCUGAGGACGCUGGAGAGUGACGAUCCAGAAGUGCAGAGAUCAUGGAGGCUGCAACAGCUCAGCAGCAGGCUGUGAGGACGUGUUGUGCCGUGUGACGCACGCACCGCAGCGUGUGUUGGAUAAGCAGCUGUGUCCAGACGGAGCAUACCUUCCCAGUGGCCGUCCUGCUAUCGUGGUGUCACAGCAGUUCAUCAUGCUGCCUGUGCUCGACAUUCCAGCAAGCCUUUUCCAGUGUUCAGGGUGCCAAACAAAUCUGUGAUAAAAUUUACCUGAAUUUA